AUGGCUUCUUUUCCACAAUCAGACCACCAAACGUCAGAUAAUUCGUCAAGACAGCUUACCGUGGCCCCGUUUGGGUGGCAGUUCUUUGAUGAGCAGGGUCCAAGUCGAGAAAAUACAGCCUCUGAACCCAUAUCUCCAGAUCGAAAUACUGUUUCAAGCCCAAAUGCUUCGACGCCAGGAGGACGAAAAUCAAAACGUCGGCGCGAGACUGACUAUACGUCCACAAAUCAAGGAGAAUAUACAAGCUCGCCCGAACCAGUACCGAAUUAUCAAAUCUUACCUAGUCAGAAAGAGGCCCCUACACCGAGAGCAAGUCCUCCGAGUAAUGAGAGACCGUCUCUUCCCUGGGGCUCCGAUCCUUCGUUUGGCCCAACAGGAUACAACCCCCAUCCUGAUACACCCACACACGAGUUGAUGGAGCACGAACUCACCGAGACGUAUUUCAAUUUUGUUGACUUUGGCGUUGAGUUUGACACGGAGGAAUCACACAAUGAUUCACCUGAUAUAGAAGUGAGUAAACAAAAGAUCGCGGCAAGUUCGGACGAGGUUCCUAGCUCCAGGCGAAGGUUACAGCAUAUCGUGUCGGAGCGCAACCGUCGCACACAGCAAAGUAGGCUGUACGAUGAAAUAUGCGAUCUUGUACCAGGCGUGUCUAUUAACCGAUACACGAAGAGAGAGGUGCUGAUGCGGACGGCAGACUGGCUGGCAAAUAUGGCAGAAGGAAACAAAAACUUGAGGGAGCAAUUAGACACGCUGAGAGGAGCGUCUCCGUGA